UGCUUUAGUAGCUUUGGUCAUCAUGAGGAAACUACCUGCUGGGAUUCUCUUGUUGUCACUUCUGAAAAUGUCGCUGUGUGUUCAGGUGAUUGUUCCUCAGCAGGUGCGCAGCGCCGCUCAGUUUGUCCCCGUGGUUCUACAAUGUGACUAUUUCACUUCUGCAAACGUCCACGAUGUUAUUGUCACCUGGAGGUACAAACCCUUCUGCAAGGAGCCGGAGAACAGCUCUACGUCCAACCAGCCUGCACCAUAUUUAACACAGGACAUAUUAAAGAACUGUGACGAUGAACAGCAGUCAUCACACAUUGUGAUCCAGAGGAUUGGAACCAGCGAGCCGCAACUUGGAGUACAGUACUAUGGGCGCAACAUCAUCAUCCAAAAUAGGGCAGACCUGGUGAUCGCUGAUGUGAUGUCCACAGACAGUGGGAUGUACUUCUGCGCUGUGGAUGCUGCUGGAGACACCACAGGAGACAGUGACAAAGAAGUCAGACUCAUUGUCAACCAAAAGAAGUUUAACCAGGACCGUCCCUCUCAGCAGGAGACCGCUGCUGCUGAGUUAUAGUUGGCUCUGAGGCUUUACGAUCACAUUCACUUUAAUUUUAAUGGUUAACUGCAUUGAAUAAGCUCAAUAACUGAACAGAAGGAAGCAGCCGAGCAGAGGAGGAUGGGUGUUACCUGAGGAGCACAGGAGAGAGAAAACAGCAGCCACACCCACAAGAAGCAUGCAGAACACGACAGCAUAGAACAGAGGGUUUAUGAAUGCAUAAAGAUUGUACUGGGGUUCAGUUGUAUGUCUAGACAGUGGGGUUUAUUUACAUAUUUUGGGAGUAAAACACAUAAUUCUAAAAGCUUUCACAAGAAAAAUGAACAAAAAAUGACUUCAACCUCAUAAGAAGUAUAUCAACAUGAAAGUUAUAGAAACAACAUUCCUAACAGAUACAGAGAGGCCCAAUGCAUUGUGCACAAACUGCAAUAAA